GAUCAAAGAUGGUGAUAAAGGAACCAACAUGACGGACUUAUUUCAUCAUGAGCGCGUCGAAAAAGCUCUAAAAGGUUAGUUCAGCUUAAUUUUCAUAUUUUCUUGAAAAAAUAAAGAUUCAUUGCAAAAGUUUCCACUUGCUGUGAGGGUCAAGCUAAUUAACGUUUUAUUUGCCACCUAAUCCUUGGAAACUUUUAAAUCAAGUUUUCUUUAAAAUUUUAAAUACGAUAUUACAGCAAUAUAUUUCCGUGUAGUGCUCUUUUAGGUACGUAUUACGAAUGUGUAAAAUGGAUAUCAGUUCUCUUCCAUUUUUUACUUAAAUUGUCGCCAUAAUUAAAACUUUAGGGUACCGGACUUAGAUCCAAAUGUGAUUUCCUGUGGUUCCAUUGUUUGACUAGUGUUCAACCUGCGUUUUGUAUGUUCGGCCAACCCAUACCACUGAAUAAGUUGCUGUAUCAUCACUGACUUAGAAAAUCCAGCAGUUUUUAUUCCGUCAAAAACCCAUAUCUAUCGCGGUUUACUGUUCAAAGCUUAACGAUACAUUCAUCAACACUCGAAGACCUCGAGAAUAUAUUUCUUUUUCUUUCGAGCUGUCAAUAAUACUAGCAAUAUUUUGAUUUAGCUUCUAGAAGAAAACAUAAACGAACUAACGGGAUCUCAAGAAGACAUCAUAAUACUAGAUUUGUGGUGUUUUGAAUAAGAAUAUCUUAAAAUUAAAUAACGAUUUCAACGUUUGUCAAAUAGUGAAGUCUGUUUCUCAACUGUACCAAUCAGUGGCGGAUAUUAUCUAGCAAAUCUAAAAUAUUUUUACUCGUAAAAAGAGGAGAAACAUCAAAAUUAUUCACAAGAAUUUAACAGACUGGAUAGCUUAUCCUAAAAAUCAGGAAUAACUAAAUGGCUAAAGGUUGACUCAAGGUUGAUUCCCACUCUCACGUAGUUUUUGCGUGCGUUCGCACGUGAAUUUUACGCGCGUAAAUAAAAUAGAGACAAUGUAUGGAAGGUCUCGCGUAAACGUAAAAGUUGAACCUCGCUCAACUUUCAAGUUUACGCGUGGCCUUUCAUAUAUUGAUUCGUCUUCAUUUACGCGCGUAAAUUUUAAGUGCGUUUGCCCGGAAAAAUUACGCGACAGUGGAAAUCAACUCUCAGGCUGUGUCCACACUAUAAGUGAUAGCUUUUGGUGUAGUAUAUAUGAACAGCUGGCGAUACUCUUUAGAAAUCAGCGUUUUUCGCUUCGUUACAAAUCGCGCCAAAAUCACCUUUCUUAUGUGUGGACGGAGGCAAUAUCCGGUAUGGUUAUUGUGCCGGCGCAAGAGCUUUCAGGUGUAUGUUAGCAUAGCUUCAGCUUCCUAAUCAGAAUCGCAUGAAAAAAAGGAAGCAAAAAAUUAAACUUCUUAUGUUUGAAAAUUGAAUUCUGGGAGAAGUACAAAUGUGCUCUUAUCGAAAGUGAAUCACACAGAUAACUGUUCACUCUGCUUUACGCUAUAUUAAAGUAUAACCUUCGUUAUUUGCUGAGGACGUUCGAUCAGCCCCACAUGAAAGUAAGAGGAAUUUAGCGUAAUCAUUGCUGAGGCUUACACGCCUGUCUUAUGAUCUUUGUAAUGUGAGCACGACUGGCCUGUAUUCCCUACCUUGUUAUAGAGUGUUUUUUAAGUCCGAGCUGUCAACAAGACGUUUUAAGACUGUUCGGACAAAUACACGUACGUGAUACACUUUCUUUUUCUAAAUGGUGCUAUCCUUUCCCGCUUUGCUUUACCCUAGUUAAAAGCAUAUACAAUGCUUGUGUGGUCGGCGACCAAUGGAGUGAAACAAAAAAUAAAAUCAGUAGGCAGUGCAAGCUGGCACAGAGAUUAAACAAAUGCAGAUUUUGCAGUUAUCUCAUUCAAGUUCUUAGCCUGCGUUGCAUCCGACCAACGCAUCGUUUAGACUAUCGGUACAGGCGGUUUAGACGGUCUGUGACGCAGGCUAUUUCUGUUUAGUAAAAUCCAACUGGUGGUCUAUUUUCAAUGCUGCGUUCUGAUUGGUUGACCUACUACAAGGCUAUACGUAAAAGCCCACUAGUAGCGAAAAGCGUCUGCUUUGAAAACCAAAUCAAUGGCGGCUGAAUCGCGUUUUGCUAGCUAAAGUUGUUUUGUCUCGAUAUUUUUUACCAACUAGUUGGCUAGUUAUUGUAGUUGGACUUGAACCCAAAAGUUGGAUAACACUAAUCCACGUGCUUGUACCACUCAGCUAUUUGCUUUUUGUGUGUGCGGAUCAAUUAGGUUUCUGGGAAACUGCCCACCUACCCCUCUUCUAAGCUAACAUUAACACUUACUUCUCACUUAGAGCAAAAUGAUGGCUUAGGCGAGGAGUAGGUGGGCAGUUUCCCAGAAAACCUAAGUUGAUCCGUGUUUGCUCUAGUUCUUUAACUUUACAAAUCGUUUUGUUUCAGUCACGAGGACAAUAGUUACCUACUUAAAUCUCAGGUCAUCAGAUACUGAAGAGAGGACUGUCCAGCCAUGCCCAUGGGAUGUGUGUGUCUUGUGUUUUUAGUGGGUGUGGCAGCUGCCUGGGCGGGGCUAACACGUGAGUGAGCAUCCUUUAAUUUUAUCCCUCAAGGUUAAGUUCUGUGACGUAAGGAGUUUUAUCUCCUUGUAAUUCUGGUAUCUGUGUCGUCUUAACAACCUUUUCUUACGCCGCACAGUUUAGCAUGGCUUGGUGUCUCCACCCUCAGCUAGAGUUCACAAAUAUAGCCAUCGGGGUUAUAGAUCGUUUUUGCAUGACAUCACGAAGGCUAUAUUGAUGUACUAAAUUAUCGUGGAGGAGUGACCUCUUUUCUCAUGUAAAAGCCUUCCUUUUGUCCGGAGAAGUUUACAAAGCGGCUGACCACUUGUCUCAAAACAGUCUAUCACAAUCAAAUUUUCUUUCGUUCCUUCUCCCUUCAUUUCCCCUACUCCUCAUUCACUCCUCAGUUUUACCUACUAGCUCAGUCUCAUAUGUUUGCACUCUUCUCUUAAGGCGCUUCUGAUAGCCUCGGACUCUUUCCGAUACUGUCUUAAAGGAUUAAUUAGUUAAGAAUGAGCAGGGUUCACUUACGCAGCUUAGCUAAUCUGAGCCCAAGUUUGGUCUAUCAUCUAUGUCAUUCCAGAGGAUUACAACCAAGUCUUUUACCUUGGGUUUGAUCGGUACAAUAGUGAGCGACUUUACGAUGACUCCCAGCACAAUAACAACGCCACCCUCAGGAACGCCUUGCUGGACAAGGUACCUGGAAGCUGUGGUAUGUGUCUUAAAGUGUGUUGUGGCGGUGGUGUCGAAAUAGAUGGAUCGAAAUUCGUUGGUAAGUUGCAUUCACCUUCUUUGGUGCAUUUAUAAUGAAAUCUUCUAAGUACUCAUUGUGAGAUUAAGGUUUUAUCACUUAAUUAGACACCUAGCAGGAUAUCAAUGAGUCAACCCGCAAAGGAAGUCAACCAACCAAUUAAAACUUUCAUUGAUCUGUGCGUGCGGGCACCCAGUCAAUCAACCAAAAGUGCAACCUUCAGUGAUCUGUGAGCCACCAUGCAGGUUAGCUUAUUGCUCAGUCAUUUAUUGGCUGACUGCCCCACUAAAGGAUGAAUGACAUACGGAAGUCUUAUUAAAAGAAACACCUUUAACUGGAGUAACAGUAUUGCCAGUAUUUUGAUUUACUUAAAACGCCUAUCCUACUGGAAUCACCUAGAUGGGCUGCUUUACUAUUGAUCAACGGGGCAUAACUUUUUUAUGGGAGGCAACAUGGCCGAAUUGUCCGAACGCUGGACUCGUAAUUUGACGUCCAGAGGCCUGUUUCUCGAAAGUCCCAGUAACUUUUCGGGCCAGGAAGGUUGUUUUGUGUUUGUCGUGUUUGCAUUCAAGACCAAUAAUUUUGAAAAUAAUACAACGAAACUAUCAGCUGACGAAGCAAAAUUGACUGGUUUAUGAGGUAGAAACUGUGCUACUAUCUGUACUAUUCAACAGAAUUUAAAAUUUGCCUGAGGGCCCGAAAAGUUAUCUGCACUUUCGAGAAACGGACCCCGGGUUCGAGUCCUACCCUGAUAACUAGCUGGAUUUUUUUUUUCGGUGUUUCCCACUUCAAAUCCUCGACCACGCUAGUAAAUAACUAAAGCCAACCCCUUUGGCCCCCGCUUGGUGGGUUUCUUAACAUACUUAUACUGCGAUUUUUAAAUUCUAAGAGGGCUAUAAUAAAAACUACAGGGUUACUAUAUACAUUUAAUUAUUUAGUAUUUCCCAAAUCAGCAAAUAGCAAUUUUCGCGCGUUUUUAUUGGCUCCCGUAACUCGGAAUAUCCUUGGCUAUUCAUUGUUUUGCGACCGGAGCCAAGAUGGCGUCUCGUUUCGAGACAUUUUCGGAAGACGAAAUUUUGUGCGACAAAUUAAGCAGUCGCACAAACAAAUAUCAAGAAAGCGACGAACUUGGGCUUUUCAGUGUUCACUGGUAGGUAAAAAACUAUUUUCAUGCUGAAUUUGCAACAACAUCGAAAAAUGCACUUGACAAAAUCCCCGAAAUGGUUGUAAACUGUCAAACUACUAAGUGAAGUUAUUUAUUUACAAAAAGUUACUUUUUCCAGUUUUAUUCAACUGAUUUGGUAAAGAUUAAAACAACUAUGCCCCUUAGGGUCGGUGAACAGUGCAAGAUUCAGUUAUAUACCGAGACGGUUCGCGUCUGGCUAAAUAAGCACUACUAUUCACCUCCCCUUCGGGGGAUAGUUGGAUACUAUUACCCUAGUUAAACAUGUUUAUCUUUUUUGACUCUUAGCCGUGGCAGGAUUAGCUCAGCCGGUAGAACGCCUGACUACAGAGCGGGAGGUCGUGGGUUCGUUUUCUGGGACCCGACCAACACUCAGAUUCUUAAAAUAUCUGAGAAAUAAAAGUACUUCCUUUGCCGUGCAAACGGCUAGGUCUUCACGUGGCUCGGAUGACCACGUAACUGGUGGUCCCGUCUACAGUUGGAGACGUAAAAACAGAGUUCCCAAUUGGUAAUUUGGUGCCAAAUACAUAUUGACACUCAAAUAAAGCCUUUUUUCACGAUCAAUGCAGGUACCCCAUACAUGGAAGUUAUGAUUGCCAUGAUGGUUCAGCUAAAGGACACAUCUGGGACAAUAGUGCUGUUUGAGACAAUCGGAGGACCGCCAAUGUCUAAUCACGGGGACUGUGAGUGCAUGUUUUCAGUUUCCCUUACCUGAGACCGAGAAAAAAUUAAUAAGUCCGUUUAAUAGCUUCACAGUAGUAUCUUGUAUUAGGUCAAGAGAGAGUAAUAGGCCACUUCCGAGUUCCAAAAACCCUCACUUUCAAAAUGAGGCUAGGUGCACAACCUUUCUUGUGAAAAUGAGUUUUAUUUGCAUGAGAAUGAAAAAUAUAUCAAAGGCUGAGCAUCUACCCUCGUUUUGAAAUAGAGGCCCGAGGGAACUCUGAAAUGGCCUAUUGGACAGACAGGCAAUCUUAGGACGUUGGCCGGGAUAUGUGAAUUUUUAGCGAUUGUAAUUAAACGAAAGUCCAAUUCUAGAGACGGUCGCUCAGGUUAGCCUUCUUCUUGGCUAUAAAAUUACAAGAAAAAUCACAAGCUUUUCAUUUUAUGUUUUAGCCCAGUAUCAGCUAGAAGUAGAAAACGCGAGAAUACGCUGGUUUCAUCGAAACGAAAACGGUUCUACAGUGUUUAGCAUUGUAACCGACGGACCGGUUCUUUCAAAUGGCAAAUGGUUCCAUGUGGCCGCAAUGUACGAUGGUCUGCGAGGUAGUGCUAAGAUUUAUAUUGAUGGUAAAUUGAGCAAACAAGAGUCCGCUGAUCCUGGUGUAUUCCUGUCGCGGGACUGGUCUAAAUAUGCUGGUAGGUGGAAAUAAAUCUGAGAGGCCGAAAACCUUAGCUUAGUCAUUAAUGAAGGGAUAUUCCGUUUCGUGUAGAAAACAAAACUAACGUUACACCGUCGUAAUAAGACCAGCGCGCGCAACUUUGGAAACAGGAAGCAAUCCAAUGAAUUGACAAGAACAUAUUUUUAUCCACAUACACAGGGAUUGGUGAAUUUGGCGGUAGAGGUCGCUUAGAAGGCUUUAUAGAUGAGUUCUACAUAUACAACAAGACACUCGCUGAACCGGAACUCAAAGCACUCAUACAAAAAUGUCAAGGGCCGAAGAGCACGAUGGUCUUGCAUUUGAGCUUUGACAAGAAAAGUGGUACCCAGUUUCUGGAUGAUUCAGGGCUGAUGAACCACGCCAGAAUGCCAGGACCACCUGCGGUGCCAGGCCAGCCGAUACCUCCUCCACCGCCUCGUAAGUAUUGCACGAACCACAUUGGUUACUUGUAAUUACCUCGAAUUUGGUAGGUAAGCAGUUUCCUCCCUCUCACUACAUUUCACAGAGCAGGAGCAAUAGCAAUAGCCAUGCGAAAAGAAAACUCCUCGAAACGCGCUUUUUGCACUAGCGCACAUAGUUUGACUACUAAGAAGCGUAUAAAACCCUAUUCCUAGAGAUGAAUUAACAAACGUUUGAUUUCGUUUCAAUUUUCUAUAGCUGCUAAGGGAAGUUGCGGAGAUGGCGUACAGCUAAGCGGCGGUCAAGCAGACGUGAAACUUGACGGCAAAACCUUCCGAAACAAGCCAAUUGAUGGCGUAACAAUAGCAUUAUGGAUAAACGUAUCCUCUGUAAAUGGUCUGCAUUACUUGUUUGACACGAUCGGAGGACACUCGGCGCAUAAACAUGACCAGUAUCUGCUGACCAUUAAUAACGGAGCCGUAAGUUGGAGUCAUGAUGAUGAAAAUGACAAAGAGUUGUUUAAAGUGAUUACCGAUCCUAUAGUCACUGAGAGUAAGUCAUGUGCCUCAACUUGUUCUUUUCCAUAUAAAUCAAGUACAUUGAUCUUAAAAUAUUGCUAGAUAUAUAUAUAAAACUGAAUCGCAUUGGCAGGUUCUGUAGGAUAAGUUGUUCAUUGUCUCAGACUUCCAGUUGGCAGUUGGAAAGACCAUGUUGCAUGCUCGGGGCCAUGUUCUGUUGUAAUUCGCCAUCUUGUGCGCAUCUUGAAUUGUUUACGGAAUAAAUCCUUGCUGGAAGUCUAAAAGUAUGAUAGGUUCCUCCGGUAAUUCCUCCGGUUUUUGGCUACAAUAUUUGGUGACGUUCGAGCCUGCACCUCAUCAUAUCAAGCGGGUCAAAGAGAGCAAAACAACAAUAUAUUGAAAUAAAAAACCUGGAUCUCAGGUUGUCAUCACUUGAAACGUUGCAUUAUCGAGUAUCUUAUGUCGGAACAGCUAACGAGAGAAGUAUCACCACUUACCACUCUUUCAGACGCACCAACGGCAAACUCGCUAUUCCUCUUCCCCAUACAAACUUUAUGAAAAAUAGUUUCAGUCACUCUGGAGCUGUUGUUUGUAAUAGUCUUCCUAUUGAGCUGCGGCAGGCGAACUCUCUUGGGGCCUUCAGGGCUGGCUGCAAACAAUUCUUAUAAAGAUCUAUCUAUACGGCACUUAUGUCAAGCAGGCUCUAAGUUUAACUAGGUUUCUUAAUAUUGUAAGUCAUAGUAAUUUUAGUUUUGUAUAGAAAUAGUGUUUUUAAGGGCUGAUGAGUUGACUGUGUUAGAUAAAGUCAUUCAUUCACUCGAUCAUUCAUAGAUUUAUACAAAACUCAGUAUAUUUAUUGUGCUUCUUAGAUCAGUGGAUUCACAUCGCAGUAACCUAUGGCGCUCAAAGUGCCCAAGCCAAGAUCUAUAUCAACGGGAACAUAAACAAGCAAGGGCCUGGGUCGGGAAGACUGUCAGAGGACUGGGACAGCUAUGCAGCAUUUGGCAAACACCAGGGAUCAGUGACUGACAUCGAUACAUUGGAUGAAGUGUACAUGUACAGCAGAGAGCUGUCACCAUUUGAAGUCAAAACACUUUACGACAAUUGUAACUUCGGUUCAGCUAAAACCCGUAAGUUAACAUGCGUAAAAUACAGUGGCGGAACCAGACCUCCAGAUAACGGGGGCCCCGGUCAUCCAGACCCUGGGAUGAGGCGAGGGCGGUUUUAAAAAAAAUAUAUUUUUCGACCCUUCGGGCCUCAGUUUGGUCUAGAAAUAAGGGGGGGGGGUCGGGCCCCCCGGGCCCCUCCCCUGGAUCUGCCAUCUGCCAGAUGUCUUCAACUGAACUUGAGAAUUUAAUUAUAGAUUCACAUUUAUUUAUUGCUUUCCUUUCGUUUUUCAAUUUACUCCGAAGUUACUGUCAUCUUGAAAAUUUUUGGAGGUGUAUCAUAGUAAUAUUUCAUCAUCCUGAUUUUAUUUAUAUUUUAAGAAUCGAUUGACGAUUACUAUGAAAAUCCUCAAGACAAGAAUUAACUUUAUCCCUUAGUUGGGAAAGUUUUUGGCAACAAGAUUUUCCUUUCUUUUUUGUGAGGGAUAAAAAACCAGAAGGUUGAUUAAAUUCAAACAAAUAUACCAUUAUUACCUACCCUACACAAUAAAAUAUAAGAGGCGCCUCUCACGUUUGAUUUACGUAUCUGGUGAGAGCGGUAAAAUCACGAUGUCCUUUCAGUGCUUGAUAAUGCGAUAAAAAAUCUAUUUUAUCUUUGCUUCCUUGUCGUUUUAGCGAGCACAGGCCAAGUGUUCUACUUUGGGUUUGACCGCGUUUCAGGCAGUGCGGUGUAUGAUGAUUCUGGAAGCGGAAAUAACGGUGAACUCACCAGCCUCGCCACUGUGACUAAGACCAGUGGGAAUUGUGGGAAUGGUCUUCAGCUACAUGGAGGUGAGUGAAAAUGAGGAACAAGCAAUUGAUACUAGAGGGCGCCAUAAACCGCGCUAUUUGCUGAUAUUUUUGCUCAGUGUUAUUUAUGGUUCGAAGAAAGAUUCAGAAUUGAAUCAUCUUUUGGCGUGAUUUUACAGUGAAUAGAAAAGAAUUAGUCUAGACUGGCCCCAAUUUCGUACAUGGUUUGCUCACAUAAUUAAGUUAUGUAUUUAAAGGUAGAAAAAUACCCUAUUUGCCGGUGAAAAUCUUGGUCUUGUUGGUGAAGGUCUUGUUCAAGAAAAAAGGGAAAUUCGAAGUAAACAACGGAAAAAGAAAUUAUGGUGUUAAAUCUUUCUAUCCAAUAUAAGAAUUGUCAUCUUAAGACAAAGUCAGUUCCCUGAUCUUGUUUCAUGAUUGUGCAAUUUUUCACUGGCAUCUUUCUUCAAAACAGUACCAUCAAAAUGUGGUUAUUUGUAGUUUUUCGACAUGUAAACCACUUUAACCGCUUUUUCAUUUGCUUGUUAAAUUAAAACAUAUUUUCACAGAUUGAGCAAAAUCCUUUCUCAGGAGCCUAUUUCAUUUUCCGAAGAAACUUUUCGGGCGGUUCUGUAGAGUCUGUAAAUUACAGAUCCUAAAUUUCGGUUGAUACGAGGUCUUUACCAAACCUCACAAAAAAGAGAGAUCUGACGUAUUUUAAAAAUUUGUCAGGUAACAUUCUCAUCAACGGUCAGCUGGUGAAAAGGAAACCGCUGUUCAGUGUUACCAUAGCGCUGUGGCUCAAACUUGAUAGCAAUCGUGGGCAACAAACCAUAUUUAGCACGUGCAAUCCGGACAAUCCGUGGAAUACUCGCGCCCAGUACUCACUUGAAAUCAUGGACGGGCGAGUGAGGUGGUUCCAUCGGAACGAAAAAUCGCAGGUAAAAAAUUAGUUUACUUUGAUUGUUGUUGUUGUUCUUUUUGUGUUUGUUUGUUUAUUUUAUUUUAUUUAUCAUUAUUAGUAAUGAUAACAGGACUGAAUGGAGUCCAAUUCGGUCUGUAAUCACACGAGUGAUUUGUUUAAUCACGAGUAUGAUUACAGACCGAAUUGGACGACACGAAGUUCUGUUACCAAUUAAUCAUAACUUUAACAAAAUUUGUGAUAUAAUAGGCUAUUUUUUAAAUCAAAAAACAAGAAUUUGAGAUUUUGUUUUGCUAGCAGUGAAAAAAAAAGCCAUUUAAGCGCGCACGUGAUGGCGCGUACUGUCCAAUUACUUAGGCAUGACGCGUACUGUCCUAUCAAACUGUCCAAUUAAGGCUGAAAUCAGGGCAGUUGAUAGCCAAUCAGAUGUGAGAAUUUUGUUAUAGUUAUGAUUACUAUUGUUAUUGUAUAGUUAAGGUGCAAGACCUCUACCAAAAAACCGUGUAAGAUCAAUCGUGCUCAACGUCGGAUAAAAAAAAUCGCGAUCAUUGGCAUGAGAAGUAAUAAAAGUAUAAAUUUUUGUCAUAAAGACAACGGCAAGGACUGAUCAAACAACGUGAAUAGACGGUAGUUACAAUAUUUCGACUGGCCAAUACCAGUCUUCAUCAGGUUUAUUAGGAAGAUCACGGAUUAACAGAAAGGUAUAAUUGCCAUUAUCAUUAUUAUUAUUAUUAUUAUUAUUAUUAUUAUUAUUAUUAAGAGAUAACCUAUAGUUCAAACGAGCACGAAAACAAAAGCACAAAUACAGGCUCAAGAAACUCUCAUGUUUGAACUGCAACGAAACAAACGCAAGCGCGUGCGCAUGCGCCAAUUUAAGUGUUGGAUAUAUUUGUCUUGAACGAAGCAUUUACCUUGAACGGCUCUGGAUGAAUGAAUUUACUAUAAAAAAGAAAAGUUAUUUCCAUUAAGCCCGCCUCGUUGCCAGAGGUGAAAAUAUGGAGUUAAUUGUAUUUAUUAUGAAAGCCUGAAUUUUUUUCAGGCUAUUUAACCGUAUGUGGUGAUCUUUUCUGCAUGCAUUUCUUCAUCCUGCAGUUUAAAUAUAUGAAAUUCAUAUAUUCAUUAUUGCAUCUUCAUCUUUCCCGGGUAUACGCCAAUUGCACAUCUCCCAUAAUGCACCUUAUUUGCCCCCCAAAAUUUUGCCUAAGUAUUGUUUUCAAUUUCUCUUGGGACGGCUGUAAUACCCUAGCAAGCGAGAAGCAGACGUAUUUCCAGUCAUCUCUUCUCUCUUUUUCGGAGGGAGAGAAGCGACGACUGCACUGGUAUCGCAGUGGUCAGGGAUCCAAUCCCGGCAAGCAUAGCUGAAUCUUUUCAGGCUUUCUUUGCGCAACUGCAUAAGUUUCGUAUGUAACUGUGAUGAGGUUUUCUGCAUUUAUCUUCCUCAUCCCGCAGUUCAAAUAUAUGAAAUUCGUAUGUUAAUUAUUGAAUUUGUAAGUAUUAGUAAAAUGCUAGACAAGCUUGGAAUAUUUUCCACGGCUUUUCACCAUAAAACUUUUCUCACCUUACUGGUCACCAAGCAGUCAGGAAAUCCGGCUUUCUUUCUUGUUAAUACGCCAUUUGUAGUUAAAACAGUAUUGGUCGAUGUCACUACAUUCUCACACGGCGUCCAAACUCAACUAAACAUAAAUGUCGAGGAAAAGAAACGAUCAGGAGGCAAAAUGCCAGAUCUUUACGACGACGGUGAUGAAUACCAGUAACAACGAUGACAUAUUUCUAGAAGGUGAUGCAAAUCUGGUGACUUUAAACUGGCAGUCGCACAUGAAAUGAGGUUAAGCCGGUCGCCUUUUUGCUGCCAACCAAACAACGAUCUUCUCGUGAGACAGUACUUUCAGUAAAAGCCUUCUGCGAUUGGCUUCUGAAUUCUAUCAUGUGUGCAGGCGUGCGCGUACCUGUCAGUCAUUGCUAACUUCGCCCUUUUUGCACCAAUUUCAACAUUCUGCACUCAAUUUCACGUUUUUGCACAAUACUUGGGAUAAAUUGACACGUUAAUCACCAAUCAGAUUGCACAAAUUAUUGUAUGUAUAUUAUUAGCGUUGGAAUCGGACCAUAAUCAUGGGAGACGUCAUGAAUGUGUUAAACAAAGAGGCGUUGGUAACAAGGUGUUCGUACUGUAUUUACGGAACAGUGUUCUGAAAAAGAUUCCCUAUAUAUCACUAAUUCGCGACCCUCUUACCAAAACACUGACCAUUCAGACAGAAAAAAACUGCAGCGCCUUGGCUUUAUACAGAAAAUUGGAAACUGUAAAGGGAUCUGUUAUAUCAGCCUUCAGAAUGGGUUUUUUCUUCAAAAAUAUCAUAUUACCGGUCUUUGUUGCCCCUCCACAAUUUUGUAUAAGCAUUGUUUUCAAUUUCCCUCAGUGGGACUUACAAUCGCCCCAAGAAAAUUUGAAAACAACGUCUAUGCAAAAUGUUAGAGGAACAACAAAGAGCAUUAUGGAAUUCUUGAAAAAAGCCUUUUAGACUUACGAUGCACAAAAUUGCUCUUCUUAAUUUGCUUUAGACCGUGUUCAGCGCGGAGACAAAUAACCCAGUGGUACCUGCACUUACGUGGACUCAUAUAAGCUGUACCUACACAGCGUCUGGAGGCAGAUCGGAGAUCUACGUUAAUGGUGUACUUAAGAAAGAAGAGUUUACGGGCUCGGGAAUUCUGUCACAGGUAAAUCACUCAUUGUUUAUUAGUUUUUUAGUUUUAACAGAAUGUCAUAGCAAAGAGCAAGACUGUCUUGGGGGAAUUCAUGUCUGUCACAUUUCAUACGGUUAAUUUCCUAGAUUAUGGUAAUAAGGUUUGCGAACUUCUCAAGAAUCAGAAUUUCGUCUCUAAAAAUAAUUAUGAAAUCUACAUAUCCGAAAGGCCCUCCCUCUCUUCCUUUAUCCUAUCUUGCAAAUGAUUAACAAAGCAUGAAUUUCUUAAAUGAAAACAAAUUUGACUUGAAACUAUAAAGUAGCCAUCGCUUCUCCAAAUCGCCGGUAUUGAAAAAUUAAAUGGCUGAAAGAAAGCCAGCGUAGCCAGGAAGAAAAAAUAAAACUCUUAACACCUUGUCUGUGAAACAGUCGUCUACAUUGAAAAAUAUACCUCAUUAGCUUUCAUAGAAUUAGUUUUCUUUGUCCUUACUCGCGGCGUGGGGUAAAGGUAAAAUGAAUAAGAAGACGAAAGAAGUACGAACGAGCAACUCUGUCAAUCUACGGAGAGAUUACUUUAAUCUAGUCGUCCCUUAAUAGUCUGACCUACUCAUACAAUGCCGGUUUACUGAUUCUUCGAGUUUCUAGGACGUAUUGUGAGCAGGUCUACAUGCAUCAAACUGGAUCAGCUUAUUUUGCAUACAUCCAUAUUUUCUUCACUAUUUUCUCAAUUCUUAUGCUACCAAUAAAAAAAUUAAAAACAUCACAUUUUAUUAUAUGGCUGGCUCAACGAGCGCGCAAUAAGAGUGCCAAUACGAGCGCGCGUAUUGGCUUCCUCAACGCGGGCCAAGAUCAUAUAGGCCUGGAUUUUUCGUUCCGCUCCCAGAAGAAAAUCUUCUUUUUGUCAUAUGUUAAAUCCUUUUUUGGCCAAGCUUAUUCGAUCACGAUGGCUACACAUUGGCCCCGCUCAAAACACCAAAAAAACUUGGCUAAAAUGUGCAGCCAUAUUAACCCCAUGCACGCUUGAAAGUGCUGUGACACGGGAUUUAACCUAGAUGGCAAAAUCCCGAGGAGACAUCCUAGUAGCUCGCGCGUAUAUAUAGGAAAGUACUUACAGUUGAAAUAUGCAGUCGGUAUGCAGAAAGAAUCUCGAUUUGCUUGACAGGGGCCGCACGGAAUCGUUAGGUAAUGAUGACAUUCCGCAAGUCAAAAGAAAUAGUUAGAAUGACGUAAAACAGAAAAUGCCCUAAGGGGCCGCUUAGGUUAUCGAUUUUGUGACACUUAUCAUACAGUCAUUCUUCGAUACGCUUUUGCGUUACUUUUGUUCAAUGACCUUCUAAGGAGCAGCUGUUUUGAAAGUUAUGGACCGAAAGACAAUCGUUAAGCGCCGAUGAAGUUUCAAGGGGCGUGUAUCAGUGUAUAUAUAAACACUCGGAGGGUUUGCCAGGCACGAGUUUAUCAUUUACCAAUCUUUGAUUGGAAACGAUUUGCCAGACACAACUCACUUUGGGGGAAUAAGACUAAGUCCACAAACAAGCAAGUUUACCAAUGCAAACGAGUGCAUCAAGCUCGCUUAUCAGCAGAAUGAUGGACGAUUACAGAAAUUCGCCUACAAUUUAAUUCUGUACUGACGUAUUUCCUGCACACAGAUGUUCCUCUAUAAAGCCUUUUUUGAAGCAAAGUAUUGUCUUAAUAGUUCAAAAAAAAAAAGACUAGAACGCGAACGUGAAUUGAUCAAACCUUCAAUUUCUAGGGCUUACUUUCCGGCUAAUAAAAUGAACUGUAUGUAAAAAGUGCAAGAGAAAUUACAACUUCAAAUCAAAUCUUCUCGUGUAGUUUAAAAAACUUUCGAAACCGAGAAUGUUUGAUCAAAGCUGCGUAAAUCGAUAGGAAUAAGUGCAUGGAACCUUUCGUUUCCUGUUUUUAUCUCAGCUAUUGUAUGGAAUAUGUGUGAAAAUUUUCAUUAUGAAGCGGUAUAUUUCAAAGAACCCUGACACAAAGACCAUUAAUACAAUUGAACAACAUACAGAACCAUCUGGCAUCUGUAGUGUCAACAAUUACUAGUUUAAAGACCUUGAGUGUUGGUCCGGUAUUGCCUAGUCCCUAGGCCUAAUUAUUCCACGCAGCCAAAGCGUUUCGGGUCACGUGGUCCAAGCUAAGUGAAUUGACCGAGAGGGAUUGGGAAAACGCCGGGACUAGGCAAGGCAAGGUCCGGUCGGGGUUUAAACCCGCGACCUCUCGCCCAGCUUACCGGCGCUCUCUCAACUGAGUUAACCCGGUUGUCUGUUUGAUUCUUUCAGGACUGGGCGGGUAAAGUCAGCAUUGGAAAGUCUUAUGAAAAAGCAGCUGACGGAAAGUGGGUGGAAACUAAUCCGCUUUAUGGCGUUAUCGACGAAUUUUAUUUAUUCGAACGCCCGCUCAAACAAAACGAAAUCACCCUGCUGGCACAGACGUGCAAUUAUGAAAGAGCAGUGGUUCACUACGGCUUUGACCUAUUCACUGGUACAACGGUGUAUGACCAGUCGGGUCUGGCGAACAAUGGCUUAGCUAUCAAUGGGACAACUUCGUCUCUUAAUGGGACGUGUGGCAAGGCCGUUAAUAUGACCUUGGGACAAAUAAGGCUGCCUGGAGAUGCGUUCAGGGAGAAACCUCAAAAAGCCAUCACGAUAUCAGUAUGGGUCAAGCUACAAACAAACAGGUACGGCAAUAUUGAUGCUUAUACUUGGUGGAGAUGACUGUAUACGGUUUGCAAAUAUUCGGCCUGUUAGGUUCCAGAAUAACUCCCUGAUAAGAAACAAUUCAAGUGAGACCGCGAUGUCCCUUAGCAAGAGAUCGGGUAUUCAAUCCACUUUUCUUUUUGUCAGUAUAAUGAUACUUGUCAUGACUUCUAGCAAGUAGGGUUAUUUUAUUGUUGCUUGAAUACUGAGUAACUUCCUGACUUCCUGGACUUACGGUUUUCAUCCAUCCCCAUUCAUUUAUCAAAUUUAUAGGUCAGUCCGUAAUUUGAACAGGGUCAUGAAGCAUGUUCAAGCUUCUGUGGGGGUGGUCUAAAUAUCAAGCAGAUUCAGCAAAGACACCGUGGCGGCAGAGACGACGGUGCGUUCAGUCCUUUCUGCGCGCUUUAGCGUUCUCAUUUGAGGUUGUGAUAUCUUUACGAAAUCUACCUUUUUGUUGUCUUCUGAACCUAUCCCCAUCACCUGUCACACACCUGAGACUAUCCAAGGGUAAAACAACUCAUUUUCGUUUUUCGAAACCUUUUUAGGGUGCGUUCGAUGGAUCAUAUUCCGGAAUAAGUAUGUUGCGAACCUCUUCAACCACAUAUUUUUUUGACCACUGGUUUCAUUCAUCUUAAUUUUUGAUGUUCAUCAGAUUGCUGGAUUUCACCAUGCAAUGGAAGUCAAAACAAGUGAUUUUGUACUGUUUAAAAAACGAGCAGGAGUGUAUUAUCAGAAAAACUCGACGCGAAGCCGAGAGUUUUAUACCUGCUGAUAAUACACGACUGCGAGUUUUUUUAACAGCUUCAAAAGCUCUGAUAUAGAUCAACUCAUUCUUGCUCUAAUAUUUAGAUUUGGGGUUAUUUUGGUCUAAAAAACUGGACGUAAAGUUUAGCCGUGUCUUUAUCAGAUUUAAAGAUAUUGAUUUUCUUUGUUUUUUUCUUUGUAAAUUAGAAAUAAGUUUUUCAAUUAGAGUAUAUUCCGUGCAUUCUUCCGAAAUACUGUCAAUUGAACGUGCCCUUUGUGUAAAGCAGAUACAAGAGAGAAUGAUUCUCUCUUGGCAGAUAAUAUAACGGCAAAUUGUUUUGCCCUGCCACGAAUUUCUCUUUAGUUCGCUCGUAGAAACAUGAUUCAUAUCUUUUGCUUCUCUGGGCAAUUUUUCGCAGGGGUCGUCACGAGAUAUUCAACACAAUCGGUAGCCAUUCAGAUCACAAACACGAUCAGUACGACUUCGCAGUGCAGGAUGGGAAGGUUAUCUGGUAUCACCACCAAGAAAAUGACAAGGAAGUUUUCAAUGUCGUCACCCUUCCCUGCAUUCCGGCGCAUAACUGGACGCACAUAGCCGUCACGUAUGAUUCGCAAGCCAUGUUGGCCAUAGUUUACGUGAAUGGAAUUCUUGUGAAGGCGAAGUCAGCAAGUGGAGAUCUUUCCCAGGACUGGGGUCAUUUUGCUGGCAUUGGAAGACAUUUUUAUGAAGGGACUUUCUUGUCAGGACUAAUUGACGAAUUUAUAGUUUAUAACUAUGCCCUCAACGGCACGAUUAGGUAUCUAGCGCAAGGUCGCUGCUGGUGA